AACGGGUCUCUUCACGCCUGACCUCGCUUUUGAAGCCAUAGUGAAAAAGCAGAUGCAAAAACUGAAGGAGCCCUGUUUGAAGUGUGUGGACAUGGUAGUGAGUGAACUCACGUCCACCAUCAGAAAGUGUAGCGGCAAGCUAAGCCAAUAUCCCCACCUGCGGGAGGAGAUGGAGCGUAUCGUGACUACUUACAUCCGGGAGAGAGAAGGAAGGACCAAAGACCAGGUCAUGCUCCUGAUAGACAUUGAAUUGGCCUACAUGAACACCAAUCAUGAAGACUUCAUUGGAUUUGCCAA